AACAAGCACAAACCCUGGAUUGAAGCUGAGUAUCAGGGCAUCGUCAUGGAGAAUGACAACACAGUCCUGCUCAACCCACCACUGUUUGCACUGGACAAAGAUGCUCCACUGCGCUAUGCAGGUGAAAUCUGUGGCUUCAGGAUCCAUGGGGCAGGGGUACCUUUUGAAGCUGUGAUCCUGGACAAAGCUACAGGUGAGGGGCUGAUACGGGCCAAGGAACCAGUGGAUUGUGAAGCACAUAAGGAGCACACGUUCACCAUCCAGGCUUAUGACUGUGGAGAAGGACCUGAUGGAGCAAACACCAAGAAAUCACACAAGGCCACGGUGCACGUUCGAGUAAACGAUGUGAAUGAGUUUGCUCCUGUCUUUGUGGAAAAGUUGUAUCGUGUGGCAGUGACUGAAGGAAAGCUCUAUGACCGCAUCUUGCGUGUGGAGGCCAUUGAUGGAGACUGCUCGCCACAAUACAGCCAGAUCUGCUACUAUGAGAUCCUGACCCCCAAUAUUCCCUUUCUGAUUGACAAUGACGGGAACAUUGAGAACACGGAGAAGCUGCAGUACAGUGGAGAUCGUGUCUACAAAUUCACAGUGACAGCCUAUGACUGUGGAAAGAAGCGGGCUUCUGAUGAUGCUGAAGUGGAAAUCCAGGUGAAACCCACCUGCAAGCCCAGCUGGCAGGGCUGGAACAAAAGGAUUGAGUACACCCCAGGCGCAGGCAGCCUCGCACUCUUCCCCACCAUUCACCUGGAGACCUGUGAUGAGCCCCUGUGGAACAUCCAGGCCACAGUGGAACUGCAGACAAACCACGUGGCCAAGGGCUGUGACCGGGAUAACUACUCUGAGAAGUCGCUACGUAAACUCUGUGGUGCUGCCUCUGGAGAGAUUGACCUGCUGCCAGUGCCUAGCCCCACAGCGAACUGGACCGCGCGGCUGUCGGUGCACUACAGCCAGGACAGCAGCCUCAUCUACUGGUUCAAUGGCAGCCAGGCUGCCCAGGUGCCUGUGGGGAAUGGGCUGAGUGCCCAUGAGGGGCUGAGCGACCACUUCACCCUGUCCGUAUGGAUGAAGCAUGCCGUGGUGCCGAGCAAAGGCAGGCGGGAAGAGGAGACGGUGAUCUGCAGUACAGUGCGCAGCGAGGAUGGCUACUCGCAUUACUCUCUGGCUGUGCAUGGCUGCCGAAUUGCUUUCCUCUACUGGCCAUUGCUGGAAAGCGCAAGGCCCGUGAAAUUCCUCUGGAAGCUUGAGCAGGUCUGUGAUGAUGAAUGGCACCAUUAUGCCCUCAACCUGGAGUUCCCCACUGUCACGCUCUAUGUGGAUGGUGUGUCUUACGACCCUGCCCUCAUCCAUGACAAUGGCCUCAUUCACCCCCCACGGCAGGAACCCUCACUCAUGAUUGGAGCCUGCUGGGCUGAGGAGAAAAACAAAGAGAAAAUCAAAGGAAGUGAGAACUCCACUGAUACUAUACAAGGAGAUCCUCUGUCGAUACACCACUACUUCCAUGGUUACUUGGCUGGCUUCACUGUGCGCCCUGGUAGCUUGGAGAGCCGGGAGGUUAUUGAAUGCCUGUAUGCCUGCCGUGAGGGGCUUGAUUACAGUGACUUCGACAGUCUGGGCAAAGGGAUGAAGGUUCAUGUGAACCCCUCUCAGUCCCUGCUCACCUUGGAGGGUGAUGAUGUGGAAACCUUCAACCAUGCAAUCCAGCAUGUGGCUUACAUGAAUUCACUGCGCUUUGCUACCCCUGGAGUCCGGCCGCUCAGACUCACCACUGCUGUCAAGUGUUUCAGUGAAGAGUCCUGUGUCUCCAUUCCUGAUGUGGAAGGUUAUGUUGUGGUGCUACAGCCUGAUGCCCCCCAGAUUCUAUUGAGUGGCAAUGCCCACUCUGCUCAUCCUGUGUCAGACUUUGAAGCUCCUGAUGGGGUCCCCCUGUUCCCUAACCUGCAGAUCAGCUGCUCUAUUUCUCACCAGGUGGAGGCCAAGAAGGAUGAGAAUUGGCAUGGUACAGUGACAGACACACGAAUGUCAGAUGAGAUUGUGCACAACCUGGAUGGCUGCGAGAUCUCAUUGGUAGGAGAUGACUUGGACCCAGAGAGGGAGUAUCUGCUCCUGGAUGGGGCACUGCUGCAGCAGCGGGGCCUGGAGCUUGUUAACACCUCUGCCUACCUGACUAUCACAGGUGUAGAGAGCAUUGCAGUUUAUGAGGAAAUCCUACGCCAGGUCACAUACCACAUCAACCAUGGUGCUGCUCUUUAUGAAAGGAAGUUUCACUUGUCCUGCACUGAGAUGAAUGGACGCUAUUCCAGCAAUGAGUUUACUGUUGAGGUGAAUGUCCUCCACAACAUGAACCAACCUGCUCAUCCUAACCAUAUUCUGAGUUCCCAGCAGUUCGUGCACCAAGGCCAUCAUUUACCCUCAGAGCUAUCUGGGCACAGUUUGGCAAGCACCCGUAACAACCCAAUGGUCCCUAGUGCUGCCACUGUCAUCAUCGUGGUGUGUGUGGGCUUCCUGGCACUCAUGGUAAUCCUUGGCAUCCUGCGCAUCCACUCCCUGCACCGUCGGGGAGUGGGGCAAGAGGUCCCUGGGGCUGCUGAAGUGGGGCACACAAGCAGCAGCGGCAAAGAGAGUGACAUGUUCUGGGACGACUCAGCCCUGACCAUCAUUGUCAACCCCAUGGAGUCCUACCAGAGCUGCAAGGAGAGGGCAGGAGUCAGUGGCGAAGGCAGGAUUGGUGAGGGCAUGGAGGAUGAAGAUGACAGCACCGACUCGGAGACACCGGACUCGCCGGACAGCAACGACGUGGGUGACCGACACAUCAUGGGCAGAAGUGACGGCUCUCGUCGCUACUAG